AUGCCACGGCCUCGUCGCCCUACCCUCGACCUGGCCCCGUCGCCCUAUCUGCGCCCCGGCACCUCUACUGUGGUCAUGGCUACCCCUAGUGUCCUCGCCUUUGACGCUGAGGGUCGGGCCAUUGACUUUGAGGUCUGGGUUGAUGACCUGCAGUUGUUCUUACAGUGCGAUAGGGCAGACGGCCUCUCUCUCUUUGACCUCACCUCUGGCGCUUCCCCUGCCCCUGCUGCUGAUGCUGACGCCUCUGUUAGCUCCCAGUGGGCCACACACGACGCUGGUGCACGUCUUGUUGUGCGUCGCCACCUCCCUACCUCCGAGCGUGCGCACUUUAGUCAGUACAAGAGUGCUCAGACCUUGUACGACGCUGUAGUCGCACGCUACUCCUCCCCUGCCACUGCUGCACUGAGCCUCACUCGCCUCCCUGACUCCCUUCAUGUAGUCAGGGACCACUUCCUCUCAGUCUGUCCCACCACUCUCACUGUCGACCUCCUCAAGAAGGCCCUCCUAGCGAUACAGAAGAGCAUAGUCGCUGUAGGAGCCUCUCGAGGUGACCCGCGCACCCCCAUCUUUGAGGGGUGUUCCCCCUCCCCCCUUCUGCCCUCUGUUGCCUCUGCUGCUGCAGCUGACCUCCUUGGUCUUGAGUCGGUCGGUGCGGCGUCUGCCCUUAGCAGGAGACGUCGCCCUGGCAAGGGCAAGGGGGGCAAGGGCGCUGGAGGAGCGAGCGGGGGCGGUGGAGGUGGAGGUGGCGGCGGUGGGGGGAGUGGGGGUGGCGGUGGGAGUGGAGGUGGGGGUGGAGGGAUCGGUGGCGGCAGUGGAGGCGGCGGCGGCGGCGGUGGCGGUGGGAGUGGAGGUGGCGGAGGUGGCGGCGGUGGAGGCGGAGGCGGAGGCGGCGGCAGCAGCGGAGGCGGCAGAGGCGGCGGGGGUGGCGGUGGAGCUGGUCGCGGGUCUUCGCAGAGGAGUGGCUCCGGUGGUGGCUCGCGCCAGAAGCAGCAGCGCGGUCGUGAGACCCUGUCCCCUCAGCAGCUCUGUGAGUGGUACACUGCACGCCAGCGGGGUGGGGGUUUUGGUCCGUGCUCCUACGUUCUGCGCACCGGCGACCGUGCGGGUGAGCAGUGUGGGGGAGCCCACCCCACCCAGCGCUUCUUUGGCCGCCUGACGGACGCGUGGCGUCACCAGUUCUCGGAGGCCUCAGAGAUCCCUCGCUGGGGCGAGCUGUCUAGGGCGGGUGUUGCCAUCUAUGAUCUUGACUUUGAUGCUAUUCUCUCUGCCAUGUAUGCUGUGUCUAUUAGUGAUGAGGGUGACUGUUACCGGUGUUUCCCGCCCGAUCCGUGCAUUGAGACUGCUGCUCUAGGUACUGGUGAGGAGGCUGCCCCAGGUGCUUGCAACGCUGCUGCUCUAGGUGCUAGUGUGUCUGCGUCCUCAGGUACUGCAUGA